AUGUUCCGCCUCCUCCCGCUGCAGUUGAAGCCGGCACAGCUGCGCAGGAUUUACCACGUGUUGGCCUGGGCAAAGGCGAUGGCUCAGCCAGCUCUGCCGGCCCCGACAAAUCCUGCCCCGGCACCAUGGCAGGCACACAACAUCACCGACCCUGACUGUGGUAGAGUCGAAACAGCUCCCUGGCUGGCCAUCCUGGGAGCCACUGGUUGGGUGGAAGUGAUAGGUGGGCCUGUGGUUCCCUUCUACAAAUAUCUUGGGUUGGACUUCAUGAAGAAGCUUCGCGUGCUGCCGAAGCAGCUGCGAACUUUCGAUGCUCUGAAGUUUGGAGUCUUUCUGGGGAGCAGUGUCAUGCAAGAGGCUUGGGUGGAUCAAGCUGACCCUCGGAGCAGGGCUGCCAUCUUCUGCGACCCACCGCUCUGGGAAAAGCUGACAGAGUUGUAUGGAGACUCCGAAGACUGGGAAGACAAGGAUAUGGGGAUCGAAAGAGCGAUUGAGCAGUUCAGCCACCAGGUGCGCAGGUACCUCGCCGACGUUAUCCUUGAGAUGAUGUCGGGCCGCUAUGUUCUGUGGCAAAACAUAUGCCUGUCGAUCGGCAUGAACUGUCCGGUCUGCACCUAUCUCCUGGGCGACAUGGGCUUCUCCCCGUACUCGAUGGAAGGCUGGGCCCUGCAUUCCUGGAGAGCGCGAGAUUGCACCAGCUCUUAUCACAGCUUCCUGCAAACAUACGCAGCAGUGCAGUUGUUCUCGACAUUGUGGACUCUUGGGGCGAUAUAUCUCAAAGACCAUCAUCGGUUCAUGGCUGCUUCGGUGUUGACUCCCAUCCUGAUCGUCCUGGCAGUGGGUUUGUUUUACUACCCGUUCCAACUGGGUUUGGAACUCUUGGUUGACGGCUGCCUGCUGCCGCCGCUGACAGCUGACGCUUCCGUCCUGCUGCUGCUGGUGCGGCUGGGAUCGCAAGGUGUGGACUUCCUUCAACUUGCGCUUGGAACUCUCACGGAGGACCUCAAGCAAUCGCCGUGCCACUGCUGGGAGCCGUGUGAGACGGCAGUUUCGUAG